AUGCGCAUCUCAACCAUCGUCGCAGCUCUCACGAGCGCCAUCGCCGUCUCCGCCCUACCUACUGCGUCCAGCCUCGUCUCAAGGAUUGAAACCUGCGACAAAUCCCCCUCGGACGGCCGCGCCGCCACCCUCUUCAAGCAGCAAAAUCUCAUCGGCGAAAACGUCGCCACCGACUACACCCCGCUGCCCGCGGACUCGGGCUGCAUCGACAUGAGCAGUUUCUUCGGCAACUGGGAGGGCAAAACGCGCAGUCUAGUCGUCAACGCUGGCUUCAAGUGCGAGUUCUACACCGAGUUCAAAUGCCCCGCCGACUGCCCCAAGCUCGCGCUCGGUAGCAAGACGGCGCAAGCGCUCCAGAAGACGCUGCCCGAGGCGUUUGAUGAGCGGAUUUAUAGUGCGAAAUGCACUAAGUUUUGA